AUGGAGAGCAGCCUGGAUUUCAGCCAGCUCGCUCUGAAUGGACGCCUCGUCCAACGGCAUCAUUUUCACUACGUUUUCCGCGGCAAAAUAUCUCUAUCACUCCUGGCUCUGGCUGGAAAUAGUUUGGUCAUCUACAUAAUUACGAAGAAACGCGCUAUCCAGACGGCCACGGAUAUUUUCAUCUGCUCCCUGGCUGUCAGCGACCUGCUCAUCACUUUCUUCUGCAUCCCCUUCACUCUGCUGCAGAACAUCUCGUCUGAGUGGUUCGGAGGAGUCCUGGUUUGCAAGACAGUUCCCUUUGUGCAAACCACAGCCAUAGUGACAGGAAUCCUCACAAUGACCUGCAUCGCCAUUGAGAGGUACCAGGGCAUUGUAUUCCCGCUGAAAAUGAGGCGGCAGUACUCGUCCCAAAGAGCAUUCAAGAUGCUAGGGAUUGUAUGGAUUGCCUCAGUGAUAGUGGGUUCACCAAUGCUGUUUGUACAACAGCUAAAGGUGAAGUACGACUUCCUGUAUGAUCACUACCACGUCUGCUGCCAGGAGAGUUGGACAUCUCUCACCCAUCAGCAGGUUUACACCACCUUCAUCAUGGUGGCUCUCUUCCUGCUGCCUCUGGCCGCCAUGCUGUUCCUCUACACGCGCAUCGGCAUCGAGUUGUGGAUCCGCAAGAGGGUUGGCGACACCUCGGUCCUCAACACCAUGAACCACAGGGAGAUCAACAAGAUCUCAAGGAAAAAGAAAAGAGCCGUUAAAAUGAUGAUCACAAUUGUGCUGCUAUUCACAAUUUGCUGGGCUCCGUUCCACACAGUCCACAUGCUGUUUGAGUACUAUGACCUUGAGAAGAAAUACGACGGAGUCACACUCAACAUGAUCAUCGCCAUUGUUCAGGCCAUCGGGUUCUUCAACAGCUUCAACAACCCCAUCGUCUAUGCCUUCAUGAACGAGAACUUCAAGAAGAGCUGCGUCUCCACGCUCUCGCACUGCGUCCGGAAACCCAACCAGCAGGUCGACGUCAUGGUGGCACCCAGGCUGAGCGUGCAGUUCAUCAAACCCCAAAGCAGAGAAGCCUUCAUAAAACCGGACGACGGCAACAGCUUGGAGCUGCCCUCAGCGGAGAAAGGCCCUUCAACUUCAUCGCAGGGAGAGCGCUCGCUGGAAAUGAUAGGCGAAAAAAUCUCCACCAUCCAAACGGAGCUGCCAGCAAAUAGCUCCAGUCAAGUCAAAUGAGGACGAAGUGGAGCAAAGUUCAGGUGUUUCAACUGUUCAACUCGACCCUCCUGUUUGCUGUCGAUCCCUGGCGCUUGGCACAAGCAGCCACGAGCACCUUAGACAUGAUUUCAAGUCUCACAGUUGCAGUUCAGAAGGCUCAAAAGUCCAACAGCAAGACAACAGACUGUAUCUCUGCAGUGGCAGGAGCUAGAAUCUGUGUUUUCAUUCUGGUCAGAAGUACAGCAGGAGAACUGGGAAUGGAUAUUAAAAAGAGGCAGCUUUACUAUAAAAACUGGGAGCAUUCAGGAACAGUGGUCCGGCAGGUGAUUUAUGAUUUUUUGACGGGAGGACAGCCAAAUAAGAGCACUCUGUUGGCAGGUUAACAAGCGGGAAGCAGUUUGGUAAUUUCUCCUUCAAUAUCUACUCAUCAUCCUUUCAAAUCGCCCACUGACCACUCUUGAAAAUUGCAGGACAUCCAGCCUCUCCCAUACCUAUCUUCCACCAAAUUAUUUCUGGUUCUUGAACUGGUUCCAUUCAGGAUUCUUGAAAUCUUGGUGUCAAACAGUGAAUAGGCUCCUGUCUCCACCAGUGAUGGAUCAGUGUAAUUAAGAACACACUCAACAACAAUAGAGAAGCAUUGCACAUCCUUUUUCUUUCCAACCAGUAGGGUCUGACACUCCCACUGAUGUUGUGGCAUUUAAGGUAAAGGAAUAAAGCUGGGAACCUUCCAGGUUCUGAACCAAUUCUUUUUUGGUUGAAACGCUCCUAGUGGCUAAAACUAGAUGUGCAGAUCAGAACAGAAUGUGUUUCCUGUUGGUGGUGAAGGGCUUUCAGUGAGCAUUUAAUGAUGCAUGAGAGGCAACCAUGCUCAAUGUCAUCCUGAAUGAGCUCAGACUAGAAGUACGGUGUUCUCGUAGAAGGGAAAAUGUUUGGAAAUGUUAAAAUGGCCCUCAUUCAUUCAGCUGCUUACAUGCACGUUUCAAUACCGACCCUCAAAGUUCUUCUCUCCUUUGCCAACAUGUUGUUCAUUUCACACACAAAAGAGAAACCUUGCAGCAACUUGUGUGUCAAUCAGAACAAACAGAGAUGAGAAGCCCAACGGGGAAUACAUAAAGCAGCUCUGUCUAAUAGUUUUUAAUGCAAAAAAAAAAAAAAAAAAAAAUCACCUGAUCUUUUUUUUUUUUGAUUGUGCAUAUGAAAUUAUUUUACCACUGAUAGGCUAAAGAAUGUAUGUAGCGUGUGCAAAUCCUGCUCAUUAUGAAAUUCAGUCACAUCUCUACCCCCUAUAGAAUGUACUCAAAUGUAUUCUGUGGGUACAAGUCAUAAAAGUGCAGGAUAAUAGGUUUCACUGGGCCUUGGAUUUCAUGCUUUACAGAAUCCAUAAAUCCUGUCCACAUUGUCCUUUUUUGAAAAUUCACAACUGCUGCCACUGGUGAACGUACAUUUACACUGAUUAGUCAAAACUAAGGAUGACCAGAUCAUGCUUCUCUCCCUGGUUCCAAUUGGAUUCGUUUAAUAUUUCGUAUCUGCUGAUACCCAGUUAUAAUCAACACCAUUUCCCAAGAAAAUAAGCACUUAAAGUCCAUUAAAUUCUUAUAAUCGAUCUGAUCUAUAUGCUUGUCAACUUAAAUGCUAGGCAAAGCGUGAAGAAAAUAGCAUGAGCUCCACAAGCUCCAAAAGACAGCAAAAUCCUGUAUUCACUACAUACAUGUCAGAACAUGUAUUAUACAUUAGCUGCAGCACUUGGAACCUCUUACUGUUUGACACUGUAGUGACCUGAGUGGACUACAGGCAAGCAGAGAGCAUUGUAGGAGUUCAGCUAGCAACAGGCACAAUGACAGAGACAUAUGUGACACUUCAUGUCACAUAAAUGCCUUAAUGUUUUUAAUAAUGUGUUCCAACACAACUCAUACUUUUUCAUUUUGACAUGUGACAGUGUAUGACAACAAAGAAUCAGGCUUCGAAAAAAAGCAGAUACGGGUAAGUUAAAAGAUGUUAAUGAUAGACCCCGAAUUGGACUGAUGAUAUCAGCUGGGGCAUCCCUGGCCAAAACAUUGAAAUCAUUUAGCAAAUAUUGUUUAGUCACUUGCUCUUACCUGUAAGGUCAUACAAAUGAACCCUCUGGUGGCGUCCUGUGGUGUCUGGCUAUAGUAAAUUCUUUAGCUCCUGUGGGUUGUGGGGUGGGACGUCUGUGGAUUAGUCAUGUGGAUGCUCGAUCACACUGGGACUACUAGAAUCUGGAGGCUGGGUAAACUCCUUGGACUCUUUUUAUGUUCCUCAAGCAGUUUUUGUGGUUGCCCUUGCUGAGGGAGGAAAAGCAAAACAAAAUUAUCAACGUAAUUCACUUAAUCUGUGUAUAUUUUGGCUGAUCAGUGUAAGUGCCAACGGGAAAAGUCCUGUUAGCAAGAUGAGCACCAGCAACAAACAAAAGAGAUGACAUUGCAAACUACAACUGUUUUCACAUUAACACUGAGAUUCUGAAUAUCUUCACAGCGGAAGGAGUUUUGUGAAAGUUCAGGUUGUGUUUGUAUGUGGAUGAAAACGCAUUGAAGUUAACUUUUAAAAAAUAUCUGUGUAUGUGUGGACAAAGCCUCGGUUCAGCUUCUAUCAUUGACACAUCCUGGUUUACAACAUGAUUAGAAUUUCAACUGCAGCUUUUAUCCUCUGAGCAACUUUAACUCCUCUGCAUUUUGAAGACAAAUUAUCUCUUCUUUUAUGUAAAGUACAGAUGAAAAAAAAAACAAGACAGAGCAUAAAAGCAAGUCUUCCACUUAAAUGGGGAACAUCUUGUUUUUCUUUUCUUCUUUCUUUGAAAAUUUGUGUCUCUCGGUGUGGUUAUAAUUUGGGAAAUGGCUGUCCGUAUGAAUACAUAUGUGCAAAAACUAAUGAGUGUUGCAGCAUAUAAACAUUUUUCAGAUCCAAAGAGAUUGUGUUUUAGUCAAAUUUGCAUUCAUAAAAUGUGAAUGUGAAGUCAAUGAAUGCUUUGUUGUGAAAUAAGUGUGAAUGUUGAGUACUUACUGUGAAGGCGAACUCAGCUUUAAACAUGAGGUUUCUCAUCCAUUCCUACAGUGACAAACUCUUCAUAAGCUGCCUAUACUCACUUUGGAAACUGGUCAAGAAUCUUUACUGCCAUCAUGCAAUUAGUUUUCACCAGUUACAUAAUGAAAUUUUGUUGGUAGUACCGGCUUAAAAGUCAACAUUAAAAGACAUGGUCAGUAAAAUAUACAGUGCAUUAAAAAAUAGUAAAAAUACAUUAAAAGUAAGAAAAUAUACAUGCAACAGACUGAUUUAAGUGCAGCAGAAGAAAAUGGAUGGAUGGAUGGAUGGUAGUCAAUCUCUUUGAAUAUCAAAUAUGUGGGCUUGAGAGGUGACUGUAAAAAAAAUAAACCUAUAGCAUGGUCCUUUGUGGAAGUUAUGGAUUCCAGCGGUGACCCAGAUCUAAAAGGAAAACAAGUCAAAUGUAAAGUUCCUUAACCACUACUGUAUUUCGUCAAAGGGAAUGAUACGAUGAAGACCUUCACAGCCUUCUAAAGUUUGUGGCAGGAUUUUUAAAUGAUCAGAGAAUCAAAUUCACAAAGCUUUCCACUGACAAAGGAGUGUUGUUAGAUGUACUUUUUGUCUGAUAUGUUCAAAUUUAGAAUGCUGUCUUUGGGUGGUGCCAAUCACAGGAAAAAAAAAUCAGCCUCUUAGGGUGAAAAAUAGGGGUUUUAUGGUUGGUGGAAUAUUGAAACAGAAAAUAAUGGACAUUUUUUGACCAAAUUUGCAACAUCAUACUACUGGUUUGUAUUAUUUUAUCAAAAGUGGGUUGUAUCAUUGAAGAUCACAUUCUAAUCAAUUAGGGUGCAAACUUUCAGGACUCUAGCUACAUUAUGUCUCAAGUUACGGCACUUCAAACAUUGCUCUACAGAAUUUUACACUCGAAGUUUAAGAGCAGUGAGAGUUACCUAAUGACUACUUAAUAUCCGUCUGCACAAAAAAAAAUAUCUGACAAAUAUUAAAUGGUCAAUUGAGUUGGAAUGACCCAUCCUGAUUAUAGUCAACUCAUAUUAUCUUUGAGUUUAACAGGAGACUCUGAAGUACAAAUCAGUAACUAGUAACUACGCUUUUGACAAUCCCACAUUUUCACUCAUUGACACAUCCAAGCUGGUGAAAGUAAAAAUGGCUAGAGUGAUCAUCUGGGGCUACUUGAAGUUUGGUUCAUUGCUAAAAGACACUUCAAUUAAAAGGAGCCAGAUGUCAACUCACCAUCCAAUCCACGUUUCUUCACCUUUACCUUCAAGAGGAGGCCUAUUACACUGAGAGCCAUACAGUAGUGCUGGAGAACAGAAAACCUCUUUCAAGAGUUCCAACAAUAGCCCAUGUCAUUUUUGAGCAGAUACAGAGCUGGGGAACAUUUGUUUCAGGUUCAAGUGCUAUAAUAUGGAGCAGGGGAACAUGGGAAUGAAUAGGGUGCACCACUAUAACCAAUUCUGAAGCAUCAGACUAUUGAAACACUGCACUUACAAAACAGUAACAGUUUGUCUGUUUUUAACAGCUGCAAUAGCGUAGAUUGUAUGUUCAACUACCACAAAGAUGCUUUUGAGUACUUUGCCGGGUAUUUAUAUGUUGUCUGUAGUCCAAUUAUGUCAACAAGAAACACAGAGCUACAUAGUUGAGAUCAAAUUCAAAGCCCAGUUCAAAGAUGAUCUGACUCAUGAUUACUUGGUGCCUUGGUCCAGAAAAGGCAUCACAACUCAUGUGAUCCCAUAACAAGAUGUUCAGUAGUUUCAUUGAGUGAUUUAUUUUUUACAUUACAUACAUUAUUCCAUGAGUAAACUUCUUACAGGAUGUAAAAUCUCAAUUUCAAUCACCCUCUACUAAGCUGAGUCUCGCCUGAAAACCAAUACUUCACAUGAAUGACAAACUAAUCUUCAUACCCAACAUGUGUUUUGCAGUGUGAGUACCAUUUUUUAUCAAAUGGAAGCCACAAUGCUAUCGAACACGCACCUCAUACUAUUGUUCAAAACCAAGUGCCAAAACAGAAGAGAUCCAGUCUACAUCCACAGUGUUCUGAGCCAUUUACACUGUAGGAACAUAAGAUUAUGUAACAUUGUAAUAACCAAGGAAACACACUCUUCUACAAACAUGUAAAAACCCAGAGAAGCAGUUAAGGAUAAGGGUUUAAAGCAGCAAAAUCUUUCUUCGAUCUCCUCCCAGUUAACCAAAUUACA